UCAAUUGCGUAUUUUUCACAACGCUAAAUGGCUCAACCUGAGGUAGUGUCAUCGGUAUGUUCCGUAGACUUAAUCACAGACAAUCUUAGUGAUAGCGAUGACGAUACUGUGGUCUCGAAGAGCCACAUGAAACCUCAACUCGCAAUUACCGAAGAGUUGGAGGCGAUUGCUGGUACUAUCGAUAUUAAGGAUGAGGUUCAAGCUAAGGACUCGGGCGUUAUCCAUGCCCGUGAAUACCAGCUUGAGAUGUUCGAGGAAAGCCUCAAACGUAACAUUAUUGUUGCAAUGGACACAGGAACUGGAAAAACUCAGGUGGCCGUUCUCAGAAUCCAAGCAGAACUGGAAAAGUCUGCCCCUGAUAAAGCCACUUGUCUGGUUUUUGACCCCUACCGUCUCUCUAUGCGAGCAGCAAGCUCGCGUGCUCAGGACCCAGAUUCCAGCUGUGCAGACCAAGAUUCUCGUUGGCACAGACGGCCCAGAGACCUGGUCCAACGUUCGUAUAUGGGAUGACUAUCUAAGGAAUGUUCGGAUAGUCGUUUCGACUUAUCAAGUUCUCCUGGACGCCGUCAACCAUGCAUUCGUGCGUAUGAAUCGGCUUUCUCUAAUCGUUUUCGACGAAGCCCACAACUGUCGCGGUAAACACGCCGGUGCUAAAAUCAUGGACCGAUACCGUGAUAGUAAAAACGCUGGCCUGCCAAUUCCGUCGAUACUCGGUCUUACGGCGAGUCCGAUCGUAAGUUCAAAGCUCGACACUCUAGAAAAAAUAGAGCAGACGCUGGAUGCCGUUUGUAAGAGCCCAAGCAUCCAUCGAGAUGAGCUCUUGUCUGUCGUAAAGCGACCAACUAUGACCCAUGUUUUCUAUACUCAGCCGGAUGAGGACGACUUUCCUCUAACUAAUACCAUGAAAAGUUUGGCUGGUGUAUACUACAGCCUGGAUAUAAACGAGGAUCCAUAUAUUGUUCGACUGCGGAGGGACAAGAGGGAGCGAAGUCAGGUGGAGCUUGAGAAAGCUCUUAGAAACAAAGAUACGUACGUCUUUAGCCAGAUGCAAUCCCUUUGGCGGAAAAGUGUCACGAUCCACAGAGAACUCGGAAACUGGGCUGCAGAUUACUUCAUUUCCACCUCCAUCGCCCAGUUUCUAAAGCUGAUGAAGGAAAAUGAUUUGUUUUUCCAGGGGUGGGAUACCCAGGAGAAACAAUACCUUGCGAAUGCGUUGAAAAAUGUCAAAGCAUCAACACCGCCACCAUUCGAGUACGGUAUGUCUAAUAAUAUAUCGGACAAGGUCGCAGCACUUAUUCGGGAACUAUCUCAUGCGGACGAUGGAACUAUCGGCAUCGUAUUUGUUCGUGAGAUCGCCACAGUAACUAUGCUGUCACAUAUCCUAUCAAUUCAUCCGUUAGUAAAAGAUCGCUUUCGGGUCGGUACUAUGAUUGGUACGAGCAAUCACUUCAGCCAAAAGCGAGACGUCGGUGUCCCAAAUAAAACCGAAUACACUCAAAAUCUCAAGGAUUUCCAAGAUGGGAAGCUCGACCUUCUCAUAGCUACGAGUGUCCUCGAAGAGGGUAUCGAUGUCCCGGCUUGCAACAUGGUCAUUUGCUUCGACACACCAGCUAACCUCAAGACCUUUAUCCAGAGACGUGGCAGAGCUCGGAUGAGAGAUUCAAAAUUGAUUCUGUUAGCAAGCCAAAUCACAACCCAGGUCGAACAGUGGAUGGCGCUUGAAGAGGAAAUGAAGAGACGCUACGAAGAAGAUAUAAGAACUGCGCAACUCGAAGAAAUGGAAGAACCUGCGGUCGAGUCUUUCUAUAUACCAGAGACUGGAGCCCAUCUCGACUUCGAUCAAGCGAAGUCACACUUGGAACACUUUUGCAGGAAGCUUUCGGUGCACCAGUACGCUGAUACGCGGCCAUACUAUAUCUUCAAGCGAACACCUAGCCCGCUUGGGGAGGCACCGCAAGUAUCGGCAACAGUAGUCCUACCGAUGUCGUUACCGCCGGAGCUUCGGCGGGUGGAGAGUACAGGCCUCUGGUUCACUGAGAAAAAUGCCAGCAAAGACGCCGCCUUUAUAGCUUAUAAGGCUAUCUACGAUGCUGGUUUCCUUAAUAAUAACCUCAUGCCACUUCAAACCGAGUUCAAAGAGGAAAUCGAGUCAAGGGACUCAAUAAUAGAAGCAAGCGAGCAAUGGGAUCCCUGGACACAGAUCGCACGUGUUUGGGGUAACAGUGAGGAGUUUUACCAGCGCAGGUUACGUUUGGUGAACCAGCAUGGCAGCGUAUUGUGUGAAAUUGACGCGACAUUGCCAGUACCCUUCCCAAGCUUAUCAAAUAUCAAUAUCUUCUGGGACAAGUACAGCCAUUGGAAGAUCGAAUUGGGUCCGACUAAGGUUGUACCCGCCGAAGCCCUCCAAGCAGAUCAAAGUACAGCAUUACUAGACCUAGCAUUUCGGCAUCGUAAGUGGGAAUCUAGAGACAAUGCACGACCGGUCCUGCACCUUCGAUCCCCAACACAGGAUAUCCCAUUAGGUGAGCUUGUGGGCCAGAAGAGUGUUGAAGAGAGUGUUGAAGAGUCUUGUCUUGAUGGCACAAGACUGAUACGUGUCGGCGGAGCUCUCUAUUCAUACAAAGAGUUAUUGCCUCGUCUUGAUCCGGACUUAAUAGUAAGGGAGCAAUAUAUGAAUGAACCAGUUGAUAUCCCUUGGCUGGUGGUGGAUACGUGGAUUAAACGAAAAGACUUUCUUCACGACUUUCCCGGAAAGCCUUCAACAGCUUCUUCGAAACCAACUCACAGAAUUUAUCCUACGCGCGUUUGCCGGGUGGAUGGGAUUCAUGUAUCCUAUGUUCACUUUGGCAUGCUCAUUCCUUCGAUCGUACACAUGAUAGAGAUUUACUUGAUUGCUACCGAAUUAUGCAAUACCGUACUGAAAGACGUUGGUUUCUCCGACAUCUCGCUAGUCAUUACUGCUAUUAGUGCACCGUCGGCCCGAGAAGGGACGAACUACGAAAGGUUUGAGUUUCUUGGCGACUCACUCCUGAAAAUGCUUACCACUGUUACUAUAGCUGCUAAUAAACGACAUUACACAGAAGGGUAUCUCGACGCUAUGAAAGCGAGCAAAGUGUCCAAUGGCAGGUUGUGCCGUUCAGCGACAGAGACCGGUUUAGAUAAGUUCAUUCUCACAAAGGAGUUCACGGGUUCGAAGUGGAAACCUCUCUAUGCAGAGGACAUGGUUGCAGCAGAUGCAAGUAUGAGUAGCAAACGAGAAAUGUCGACGAAAACACUUGCAGAUGCGGUGGAGGCCUUGAUUGGAGCUGCGUACCUGGACGGUGGGAUAGACAAAGCGCUCGCCUGUAUCCGGGUAUUCGUCCCUGAGGUAGAAUGGCGCAGUUGGGAUUCAGCUCGCGAUGAGCUGUCUAGCCAGACUACUAUGGGCACGUUUCUUCCACCCCCUUUGGCUCCCCUGGAAGAGCUGAUAGGGUAUUCCUUCCGUAACAAGAACUUACUUAUUGAAGCUGCUACACAUUCUUCCUUCGGAUACAUGAAUUCGACGGGGAACUGUAUGGAGCGCCUUGAAUUUAUUGGCGACUCCAUCCUGGACACUGUGGUUGUUGACGCCAUAUGGGAUUUCGAACGCGAGAUGAACCAGUAUGAAAUGCAUAUUAAUCGUAUGGCUUGUAUCAACGGACAUCUCCUGGGCUUCCUAUGCAUGGAGUGGAGCGUGGAGCAGGAGACUACGAUUAUCUCGGAAGACACAUCUACUAUCGAGACAAAAACUAAAAUUCCAUUCUGGAAAUUCAUGUGCCACUCGUCGCUGGAAAUGAGCAUUGUUCAGCGAGACGCAGAGGAGAGAUACGAAAAGGAGCGGGAGGCUAUUCUUGAGGCUAUCGAUCACGGGAAGGAAUAUCCCUGGGUACAGCUCUACCACCUCCAUAUCCCGAAGUUCUUCUCGGAUUUCUUCGAGAGCGUGAUUGGCGCCGUGUGGGUAGACUCGGGGUCACUGGACGUGUGCAGGCACGUCGUCGAGAGGACGGGCGUGCUAUCGUAUCUCCGGCGCAUACUGGAGGAAAAAGUCGACGUUAUAAGCCCGAAAAACCAUCUCGGCCACGAAGUUGGUAUGCUUCCAAAGCGCACGCAAGCCAAGUACCUGACAGAGGCGCGUAAACUUUCGAACGGGGAUAGGGAACUGACCUGCAAGGUGGUGGUUGGCGACGAGGUUCUUGCAGAGGUCGAAGACGGGGUCACUACCGAGGAGGUGCAGACGAGGGCAGCAUACGUGGCGUAUAAGAUCCUCAGGGAGCGUAGAGAGGCUAGGAAAGUGCAAGAGGAGGAACAAGGCGGAGUGGAUGCUUUGAUUGAUGAGGAGAUGAGUGAUUGGCCCCAAGAUGAUGACGAACGAACGAAUGAAUGAACGAACGAAUGAAUAAGCAAUUUUCAGCUAGUUAGCGAUAGCGAUGCACUAUGGUC